AUGUCAAACCGAGUGCACACGUGUGUUGUGGCCGACGCCCUCUUGGAGGCCCUUGCAGAAGCGGGCGUUGACCACCUAUUCACGGUGCUGGGGUCGGACCAUCCCAGUAUCAUCGAAGCCUAUGUCCGCCGACAGAAUGUUGAAAGCAAGCAGUACCCAAAGAUGGUACUGUUUCAGCAUGAGUUUGCGGCCAUGUCCGCUGCAGAUGGAUACGCACGACUCACACACAAGCCGACAUGUGUGAUUGCGCAUGUAGACGUCGGCACCGCUGCGCUCGGCCAGGGCCUGCAUAAUGCUUCCAGCGGGCGGGCUCCAGUGGUUAUCUUCGCAGGCGUCGCGCCAUCGACGUUCCUUGGAGAAGCCCCCGGGUCUCGCUCCGAGCAUGUCCAGUGGUAUCAAGACGUCCCGAAUCAAGCAGCCCUACUGGCGCCGUAUAGCCGGUACAGCGCAGAGAUCAAGUCGGCCCUGAACGUGCAAACCGUCGUACACCGUGCUGUGCUGAUGGCGACGACAGGGUCGCCGGGUCCGGUCUACUUGACUGCGACCAGAGAGAUCCUGGCAACACCCAUCACAGACCUUGUGCCCCGGCCAAAUCCAGUCCCGUCAUGUAGACUGGGGGCCUUGCCUGUGGAUGCGGUGCAACUCAUCGGCCAAGCGCUGCUAGAGGCGGAAAGGCCGCUCGUCAUCACGGGAUAUCUGGGACGGAGUCACCAGGCAGUCAAGACGCUGGUUGCACUGGCUGACUUGGUCAAGGGGAUUAAGGUCUUUGACUCGGAGCUGCGCGAAGUGUCUUUCCCUGCUGACCACCCGGCGUGGGUGAGCAGGGGCACCGGUGCAGCUCCCGCCGUGAAGACGGCAGACGUGAUCCUCGUGCUGGACGCAGACGUGCCCUGGAUCCCGACCAAGGUGCGGCCAUCUGCUGCAGCGCGCAUUUUCCAUGUCGACCUGGACCCCAGAAAGGAGAAGAUGAAUCUGUUCGACAUUGGUGCCGCUGCCACGUUCCACUCCGACACCGCCGUCGCGCUAUCCCAGAUCUACGACUGGCUUUCAGGCUCCCACGACCUCGCAGCAAAACAAUCUGUGCUGGAUGAACGAUGGACUGCACUCCAGCGCUCCCACGCCGAAGGCAUGAAGACCAUCGAAGCCCGAGCCGCCGUCGCGCAGCUCAUGGACAGGCCAAAUGAGCCAUGCAGUGUCGACUUUCUCUGCAAUAGGAUCCGCCAUACGCUGCCGUCGAACACGAUCUUCGUCACGGAUUCUGUCACUAACCAAGUUCCCAUGACGGAGCAGCUCCAGCUCACGCGGCCAGGCUCGCACCUCACCAAGGGCGGGAGCGGCCUGGGUUGGGCCUGCGGCGCCGCAGUCGGCGUCAAGCUAGCCACGGCACUCUACGACAUCUCAGACCGACCGGAUAUCCGUCGAAAAGCGACCGACGACGAUGUGCGGCCAUUCGUCUGCAGCAUUACGGGAGAUGGCAGCUUCGUGUUUGCGGUGCCGGCGGCCGUUUACUGGGCCAGCCACCGACACGGAUGCCCGUUUUUGACGGUCAUCCUGAACAACGGCGGAUGGAGGGCUACGCGCUCAUGUCUUGCAGACGUACACCCGCAGGGAGCUGCGAACAAGGCGUCGAAUGCAGAGCUGGGCAUCUCGUUGGAAGAGGACGGACCGGAUUAUGGUGGCGUGGCCAAGGCGGCGGCGAACGGCCACCUUUGGACCAAAAAGGUGACUAGCGCAGGGGAGCUGGAGUCGGCGUUGCAGGAAGCAGUUCGUGUGGUAGCUGAGGACCAGAUCUCUGCUGUGUUGGAUGUGGUCGUGAGAUGA